AUGAAUUCCAACAACCCCUCCACUCACGAGGCCGACUACUCAAUCACUGAGGGAUUUGACUACGAUUCUUUUGCGAAGUUCAUGGAGGAGAAUCCUGUCUCAUCGACCCCUCCUAUCGCGCCGGUGGCUUCAACACAUCCUGGCUCAAUCGAACAGAACGACUUCAGGCAGAACGACCAAAGCGUGUUUGAUUACGGCGACAACUUUCCUUUGUUCCCUUCUGAGAGCUUCGGAGACAACGGCGGCUAUUUCGACCAUCAAGGAGAUAUGUACACUUCUGGCGAGAGCGUACCCGGACAGUCGGCCUCUGACUGGAACCUGCAAGGAGGUCACAAUCACGUAGAGACUGGCCAACAGUAUCAGCCAGAGAGUAACGUAGCCUUCGUCGCCUGCGCGUCAUACGUCUGGACCGAACUCAUUUUACAAUGA